AUGCUUUAUAACAAGAAGUGUAUGUGCAAGUUGACUCAGCGUAUGAACGUGUUUGUGGACAAAAGGUUCAUGGCAACACAAAUGUCAAAGAAAGUCUCACAAGUCAGUGAGGUGGGAGGUUUUAGACUACAGUCAGAGUACAUCAUGCUGCUCCGUGUCUUUCUCCUGCUCUCCGUCUUCUCUCAGUCCGGAGGCCUAGAGAGUGGUAUUGUUGGGGGCAGAGAGGCUAAACAUCAUUCCAGACCAUACAUGGCAUCUCUGCAGAAAAAAAGGAAUCAUGCUUGUGGAGGAAUGCUGAUAAAAGAAGAUUAUGUGUUGACUUCGGCCCAUUGUUGGAAUGACACUGACAAAUACAGCUUAAAAGUUGUUCUGGGAGCUCACAAUAUCCGGCAGAAAGAGGACAGUCAGCAGAAAAUCCCAGUCAAAAAAUACAUAAAACAUCACAAGUUUGAUAUUAUGUUACUCGAGUUGAGGACCAAAGCUGUGCUAAAUCAUUUUGUGGACAUUAUAAAUCUACCCAAACAUGAACUGAGUAUUCUUGCUCCUGUGGUAUGCUCCAUUGCUGGCUGGGGAAUGAAAAGACCUGGAGAAGGAGCAUCAAAUGUUCUUCGAGAAGUCAACCUCCAACUGGAGUCCAAUGCCAAGUGUAAAAGUAAAUGGCAGAUACAUUUCAACUCUAAGAACAUGGUCUGUACUGUCUCAGAUGGAAAAAAGGCUUUCUGUCAGGGUGACUCUGGCAGUCCUCUUAUUUGUAAUUCUGAACUUUAUGGAAUGGCUGCAUACACAUAUCCUAAUGACUGCACAUUCAAGGAGUACCCUGAGGUCUACAUGAAAAUAUCUGCCUUCCUACCGUGGAUUAAAAACAAAACAUUCAGCGAUUAA